UCCCAGACCGAUGCGUAUCUGACUGGACCUUUUUUCCGCCGUCACCUUGAGUCUAGGCGCACGUGCGGGGGUAUUCGACGUGACGGGUCGCGCCAAGCCACUAGUGGCAGCUGCCUGUAUUACUCCAGCGAAACUUCUCCCCUCGACACACAACAACUUCUCCUCACUGAAUUACCCCACCAUAUACUCAAUCUGCCUGCACCCAGUGCCACCACCCACAACAAUGGCUACUGCUAUGGACAUCGAGUCCCUCCUCGACGAGGUCAAGCGCGAGCAGGAAGAGAAGGAGCGAGCCGCCGCAGCUGUCGCCGCCGCUUCCACCAACGCCGACAACUCUCGCAACGAUGCACGCCGUCAGGAUCGCGACCGCGAUCGCACCCGUGAUCGUGACCGAGACUACGACCGAGACCGUUCGCGCCGCUACGACCGCUACGACAGCAACCGAUACGAUCGGGACCGCUACGACCGUGGCCGCGGAGACCGAGCAUAUGAGACAUAUCGUGAGUCGAAUGGAGAGAAUAGUAAAUCUAGACUAGGCAGCGAAGAUCAAGACAAGGAUCAAGAGCUAGGAGAGAAGGAGGAAAGCCGGACUCAUUCGAACAAAGGUGCUGACACCGAUGAAGACCAUGGAGACAGGUACCGACGCAGCUCCUCGCUUGACCGCUACCGUGGCGACCGUGGUGGCCGUGAUGACCGUGGUGGUCGCGGUGAUCGUGGAGGUCGUUAUGAUCGAGGUGGCCGGGAUGACCGUGGAAGCCGUCGUGACCGUGGUGACUAUUACUCAGGUGGAGGACGCAAUAGAUCCCGCUCCCCUCGUCGUGAGCGCUCUCGCGAUCGUGAUGAGCAACGCCCGGUCCGCAUUCGCGAGCGCUCCCGUGAGCCCCGCCGCCGCCGCACCCCGUCUCCCCAAAUGGCCAAUGAUGAGAAUCGCGACAAACGUACCAUCUUCGUUACCCAGAUUGCUGCACGCGUUGAGCACCGUCAUCUUCGCCAGUUCUUCGAGAGCGUUGGAGAAGUCAUCGACGCGCAGAUUGUGAAGGAUCGUGUCAGCGGACGUUCUAAAGGUGUCGGCUACGUCGAGUUCAAGGAUGAAUCUUCGGUCCUCAAGGCUAUCGAGCUUACCGGCCGCCUUCUCAAGAAUGUCCCAGUCAUCGUUCAGCAUACUGAGGCAGAGAAGAACCGCGCCUCCCGUCCCACCGCGACUGGUGAAGGUGGCGCUGCUACCAGCAAUAACGGCGCGCCAUUCCAUCGCUUGUUUGUAGGCAAUAUUCACUUCAGUGUGACUGAAGACGAUCUCAAGGACGUCUUCUCCCCUUUCGGAGCGAUCGAGCAGAUCACUCUCCAGCGCGACGAUAAGAUGGCGACUCGCUCCAAGGGCUAUGGCUUUGUCCAGUUCGCCGAUCCUCGUGAUGCCAAAGAGGCUCUCCGUGAGAUGAACAGCUUCGAGCUGGCCGGACGUCAGAUCCGCGUCGGUCUUGGUAACGACAAAUUCACACCCGAGUCUACUGCUCAACUCCUACGCAAUUUUCCUGCCCAGGCCGCGAACUACCAAGGAUCCGCGUUCAGCGGUGCCGGAGGUCGUGGCGCGUAUGCCGGAGGUUCAGGUGGUGCCUUCGACCGCACCAACGGCCGUGACGAUCGCGGUGUGAGCGGAGCUUCCGCCUUGGAUGAUACUGAUAUGUCAGGCAUUGACUAUCGACACGUCGAUCGCCACAAGUUGAUGACCAACCUGGCUCGCGAUCAGGUCGAAGUCCCUGUGGCCGCUAGCUCCCAGAUAAGCAAGGCGAAGGCAACUGUCGUCGAAUUUCCCCAGCCGUCCACCGGCAUCAAAAUUGAGAACGCGUUCGACCCUGAACAGGAGUUCAAGCAGUUCGGCCCAAGCUGGGCCAAACAGCUUGAAUCUGAAGUCAAGGAUGAGUGCGCCCGAAAGUACGGCAAGGUCGUCCACGUGGCUGCCGACCCUAACACGGACGGCGAGAUUUACGUCAAGUUCUCAGAUUUGAAUGGCAGCAAGAAAGCCCUUCAAGGUCUGAACGGACGUGGGUUCAACAACCGCGUCAUUCGAGCGUCGUACGUCGUGGACUUUGUCUACGAGUCGCUCUACGGUGCUGCCAUCAAGAAGCACUAG